AGGAAGUCCAGACUACGCCAUUUUGAGAGGACGACCAGGCGCGCUCUGCGGGCAACUGACUUGUGCCCGUUUUGAGCUAUGCUACAGUUUUAAACAUUUCGUAAAGCCUUGUAUAUUGUGUUUGAAUCAAGUUGCCAUUAUAUUAGAUCAUAGACUCAGCCAUGUCCGCCGAAGGAGCAGCUGAUCAGGGAGCAGGAGACUAUGUUCCGGAGAAGGUGAAGAAGGCAGAGAAGAAGUUGGAAGAAAACCCAUAUGACCUUGACGCAUGGAGCAUUCUGAUUCGAGAAGCACAGAACCAGCCCAUAGAUAAAGCCAGGAAGACAUAUGAGCGACUUGUCACCCAGUUCCCCAGUUCUGGCAGAUUCUGGAAGCUAUUCAUUGAAGCAGAGAUCAAGGCAAAAAACUAUGACAAGGUAGAAAAGCUGUUUCAGAGAUGUCUGAUGAAAGUCCUGCACAUCGAUCUUUGGAAGUGCUACCUGGCCUAUGUACGGGAAACCAAAGGAAAGCUGCCAAGCUACAAGGAGAAGAUGGCCCAAGCAUAUGACUUUGCCCUUGAUAAAAUUGGCAUGGAAAUCAUGUCCUACCAGAUAUGGGUGGACUAUAUCAACUUCCUCAAAGGAGUCGAGGCGGUGGGUUCAUAUGCGGAAAACCAGAGGAUCACAGCGGUGCGGCGGGUGUACCAGAGGGGCUGUGUCAAUCCCAUGAUAAACAUCGAGCAGCUCUGGAGGGAUUACAGCAAAUAUGAGGAGGGCAUCAACAUACACCUGGCCAAGAAGAUGAUUGAGGAUCGCAGCAGGGACUACAUGAACGCCAGGAGGGUGGCAAAGGAAUACGAGACCGUGAUGAAGGGGCUGGAUCGGAACGCUCCCUCUGUGCCCCCUCAGAACUCUCCACAGGAGGCGCAGCAGGUGGAGAUGUGGAAGAAGUACAUCCAGUGGGAGAAGAGCAACCCGCUGCGCACAGAAGACCAGACCCUCAUCACAAAGAGAGUGAUGUUUGCCUAUGAACAGUGCCUUCUGGUGCUGGGCCACCACCCUGACGUCUGGUACGAGGCCGCACAGUACCUGGAGCAGUCCAGCAAACUGCUCGCAGAGAAAGGGGACAUGAACAACGCCAAGCUGUUCAGCGACGAGGCGGCCAACAUCUACGAGCGAGCCAUCGGCACCCUGCUCAAGAAGAACAUGCUGCUGUACUUCUCCUUCGCCGACUACGAGGAGAGUCGCAUGAAACACGAGAAGGUCCACAGCAUCUACAACCGCCUGCUGGGCAUCGAGGACAUCGACCCCACGCUGGUGUACAUCCAGUACAUGAAGUUCGCCAGGAGGGCGGAGGGCAUCAAGAUGGGCCGGACCAUCUUCAAGAAGGCCCGGGAGGACCUCCGCACGAGGCACCACGUCUACGUGACCGCGGCCCUCAUGGAGUACUACUGUAGCAAGGAUAAAUCUGUGGCCUUCAAGAUAUUUGAACUUGGUCUGAAGAAAUACGGUGACAUCCCGGAGUACAUUCUUGCCUAUAUCGAUUAUCUCUCCCAUCUCAACGAGGACAACAACACUCGGGUUCUGUUUGAAAGAGUGCUCACCUCAGGAAGCAUGUCCCCCGAGAAAUCAGGAGAGAUCUGGGCUCGCUUCCUGGCCUUCGAGAGCAACAUCGGAGACCUGGCCAGUAUUCUGAAGGUGGAGCGCAGGCGUUUCACAGCCUUCAAGGACGAGUACGAGGGCAAAGAGACGGCCUUGCUGGUCGACCGCUACAAGUUCAUGGACCUCUAUCCUUGUUCCGGCAGUGAACUCAAAGCCCUGGGAUACAAGGACGUGUCCCGUGCGAAAUACGCAGCGCUGCUCCAGGAGGCGGUGGUGACCCCCUCAACGCCCGCCCAGAAGGACGAGGCGGAUCGCAAACCCGAGUACCCCAAGCCCGACACCAAUCAGAUGAUCCCCUUCCAGCCCAGGCACCUCACCCCUCCGGGGCUGCACCCUGUCCCAGGAGGGGUGUUCCCCGUUCCUCCGGCGGCUGUGCUCCUCAUGAAGCUCCUGCCUCCACCCAGCUGCUUCUCUGGUCCCUUCGUCCAAGUGGAUGAAGUCAUGGAGACCUUCAGGAGAUGCACACUUCCUGAGACGGUGGACGCGGCGGUGGAGCUGAUCACGGGCAGGCUGCCGGACGCGGCAGGAGGCGAGGGCAACGGAGCCAUGGAGAACCACGCGGGCGGCGGCAAGUCCCUGAAGAGACCCAACGCGGACUCGGACGAAGAGGACGACAAGGGAGCCGUGGCCCCGCCCGUGCACGACAUCUACCGCUCGCGCCAGCAGAAGAGGAUUCGAUAGACGAAACAAAACGCUAAACCGAGGAAGCCGACAACACCACACUUUACAGACGGUGAACGCUGGCACGAAUGUUAAAAUAAAACGGCCCUUCACUCAACUCGUGGUCCCAGAGGGCAAUCUUCCACGUCCUGUUCUGUUUCGUAUGCGUGUGACGGUAUACUGUACUGUCUGUUGACUCUGUUGUUGUACAGCCAUGAAAACUCACACUCACUCACUCAGACUUGUGCGUUUUUGUUGCUUUGUUUUUAACAGUUUUUAUUUUUGAAAACAUGACCAUAUACUGUACAAAGCUUUUAAUUCCAUGGGGUUUAUUUGGUUUUUGUUUCUCGCACACUGCUGUUUUCUGACUCGUGAUGUUCAAGUGAAGACUAGUGGAAUCUUUUUUUUUUUAAGGUAAACUUUCUCCAAAUAAAAAGGGGGAAAAAUCAAAC